AUGAAGCUUCACUGGCUGCUCUUGGCCGUUGUCCUGAUCUGUGCCUUUAGCUACUCGCAGAGUACUGGCACUGGCACCACCACCUCUGAAUCGUCCACUGGCUCCACCACCGCUGCCGAUAGCACCGGUAGCACCACCAGCACCACCGCAUCACCGUCUUCCUCCUCGUCGGCUACUACAGCGGCUAGCACCAGCAGCAGCGACAGUGCCACCUCAGCCAGUAGCUCCAGUAGCUCCAGCAGCUCCUCCAGGAGGAGCACUGCGGCCAGGAGAAGGGCCAGGAGGAGGAGGGCCGCCGCCCGCAGGAGGCGUGCUGCCAGAAGGAGGGCUGCCCGCAGGCGUAACAGGGGUUAG